UUACAAUAAAAAGAUGGAAAAGCUCUAGCGCAUCUAGCUCCAAGGUCAAAUUCUUCAGCAAGGCAAUGGAACCAUGCAGUCAUGCCGCCUGCUGCUGUUCAUGGGAGGAAUUUCCCUCCUGAUUCAAGCUUCUAUUGUUAUGAUAUGAACCACUAUGAUAUGGUUACCGGCAAUAUCUCUACCUCUCCGGAGAUGGGGAAUUACCACAAUGAUUUCAACUCCAACAGAAGUUCCCUUCCUCAACAUUUGCCUGGCAACUUGCAAUCUUCGAGGGGAGUCCGAAGUAGCUACAAUCAAAGAUCUUCCCCUGCUUUUAGGGCUUCUUCAAGCUAUUUGCGCCAUGGGCAUGUUCGUACUUCAGAUGACGCAUCACAGUUGUUUGCUGAAGGUCACUCCUCAAGACAUUCACGGCCAUUGUCUACUCUAGGACUGCGUAGUAGCGAACGAAAUGGGAGAGCUAGGGUAUCUAGUGAUAGGUACAGAUCAUUGUCUAGUUGCAUCUGA